AUGCUACCCGAUAACAUCUACAACAGCUAUCUCGAAUACAAAAAAGACACCAACACGUACAUCAACUGGCUCUGCAGCACUGCAACACAGCGAGAAGUCAGUAUCAGCGGACUAAUUGCAUGUGCGGAGGCAAUCGCCGAGAAACCGCCCAAGCAAUUCGUUGUUCCUGUAUACGCUGCUCAGUGCGCGGCACGGGCCAUCAGACAACGGAAGAAGUCGUCGCAAUGGCACGAGAGUCAGGUUGAUGGGUUGGAUGGAAUCGAGAAGGUAGUGAAAGAAGAAGAUAACGCCGGUCAUACUUUCUUCACGGAGACGCUGGAGCAUACGCUCAAUAUUUUACGACCGUUUAUAUGCAACGCGCAACACGUCAAAAAGACUGGUGACAAGGCUCAACGACAUGAUUCGAUGGAUGAUAUUACCAAUCGCUUCAGUAAGCUUGAGAUUGAGGAGUUGGCUGAUCAGGAAGUCGAGAGUGCUGCGAUUGCGGUCGCCGAAAAACCGCCAGCAAGGUCACGGAUCACAUACGUUGUCGAUAACAGCGAAGAAGAGCGCCAAGUCGCUAUGGAAUCCCUUCUACAUGAUCACUUACGCAUCAAACAGGCCAUCCGCAAGGCGUGGCAAGAAUAUUUGUUAGACAGAAAUUUUGACCUCAUCACGACCGCGGCAACAACUCAAGCCGGGAUGCAGAUGCUCCGGAGUCUCGUUCACGAGUUCACGAUGCAGUUUCCCGAACUUAACUCGAUGGAGACAUUCGGCUUGAACUAUCUUCGCAACCGCAAAGACGACCGAUCAGGUUCCGACGAAGCUACCCCGGUAGAUACGAGCGAUGCGGAUAUCCAGAUCCCAAAACACGUGGCCGAAUUCAGCUGCCUAAACACUUAUAACACUAUCCGGCAUGCGUUGAGUCGUUUCUUCCAGCCUGAAAACUACGCCGGUCGAUACCGAGCAAUGGAGCUUGUGCUUCAAAUCGGCUAUUUUGACAACUACAAAACGGACAUGCCUGCCCUUCAACCACUGGUCAACGCCCUGGAAGAUAUCUUAGGCAUGGACGUCGAGGGAAUGGGCAGCUUCCGAGAUCCUCCCAUUAUGGACAACUUCACUCAACUCUGGCGAGAGUAUCUCCAGACUUUAUACACUGCUCCCAAACCGGAGGGACAAGAAAAGAGGGAACUUCCUGAUCUGAGCGUGGAACUGGUCCUCUGUACGGAUCUAUACCUAAAGGUAUAA